AUGGAUAUUGAAAUAUAUGAAGCAAAUUUCAGGGAUAAAGUAGAACAUAGAAAAGAAAAUGGAAAGAAAUUCAUAAAUGAAUAUGAAUUGUUAGAUGAACUAGGAGAAGGAUCAUUUGGAAAGGUUAGACGUGUUACUAGAUAUUUUAAAGAAACAGAAGAAUAAGAAGAACUUAGUAAAAGUGAUUAUGCAAUGAAAAUAUUUCAUAAAACAGUUUUAGCUCAUUAAAGAACUUGUUUUUAUGAAAGUAAUUCAAAUGAUCCAAAAAUGACUAAUUUAUUAGAGUUUGCAGAUAAUGAGAUCAAUAUUCAUAAAUAUCUUAAUCAUCCAAAUAUCUGCAAAUUAUAUGAAAUAAUAGAUGAUGAAGAUGAUCCAUAACAAAAAAUAUAUUUAAUUAUGUAAUUGGGUGAUUUAGGUUGUAUUAUGAACUUCUGUGAAAUUACAUUUAAAUAUAUUAGAAAUUAGGCUAUUCUUGAUUAUCUAAAAAUGAAUUAUAUGCAAGCAGCUAAACUAUUAUUUAAAUAGAUUGCUUAAGCAAUAUAGUAUCUUCAUGAACAUAAUAUAGUUAAUAGAGAUAUUAAAAUUGAUAAUAUUAUAUGCACUACUUUAUAUCCAUUAGAUUAAUGUUGUAAAUUAAUUGACUUUUCAACUUCAAGAAUAGCUGAAAAAGAUAGUAUAUUUUAUGAUUGUGCUGGAACUCCAGGAUUUAGAGCACCUGAAGUAUAAUUUUGUUUAAAUGAUGGUUAUUCUCCAUUUAAAUUAGAUGUUUGGUCAUUUGGAAUCUGUUUAUAUAUUUAUACACAUGAAAAAGUAAUCAAUUAACUUAUAUUAAUAGCUACCAUUUUGGGGUGAAGGAGAUUUAGAAACAGAUUUAUUAGCUAGAGAUUAACCAUUAUAAUUUGAAGUUUAGGAUGAUUUACUUAUCAAUUUAAUAAAUAGUUGUUGUGCUAAAAAACCAUAAGAUAGACCAACAAUAUAAGAAAUAUUAGAUCACGAAUGGUUUAAAUGA